AUGAGGAUCCUUCAUGUGAACGGCUUCAACGCAGAGGAAAAAAAACAGAAAAUCCAGGACAUAAAGAACAACAUUAAAGAGGCCAUCGAGACGGUGGUGGCAGCUAUGACCACGCUGUCGCCGCCGGUGCCGCUCGCCUGUCCUCAGAACCAGCACCGCAUCCAGUACGUCCUGAACCUGGCCAGCCACAAGGACUUCCACUUCCCACAGGAGUUCUAUGAUCACGCCAAGACGCUGUGGCAGGACGAGGGCGUGAGAGCGUGUUACGAGAGGUCCAACGAGUACCAGCUCAUAGACUGUGCCCAGUAUUUUUUGGAUAAAAUCGACAUUGUGAAACAGAAUGACUACACUCCAACAGACCAGGACUUGUUGCGGUGUCGAGUUCUGACGUCUGGGAUCUUCGAGACUCUGUUUCAGGUCGACAAAGUUAACUUUCACAUGUUUGACGUCGGUGGUCAGAGGGACGAGCGCCGGAAAUGGAUCCAGUGUUUUAACGAUGUCACAGCUAUAAUCUUUGUUGUGGCGAGCAGCAGUUAUAACAUGGUGAUCAGAGAAGACAAUCAGACCAACCGCCUGCAGGAGGCGCUCAACCUGUUCAAGAACAUCUGGAACAACAGGUGGCUGAGGACCAUCUCUGUCAUCUUGUUCCUGAACAAACAGGAUCUUUUGGCGGAAAAAGUUUUGGCGGGAAAAUCAAAGAUCGAAGAUUAUUUCCCUGAAUUCGCUCGAUACACGACACCAGACGAUGCCGCCCCAGAGCCUGGAGAAGAUCCUCGCGUCACGAGAGCAAAGUAUUUCAUCAGAGACGAGUUCCUGGGGCGGAGUCUGCUCCUCAGGGGCGGAGUCUGCUCCUCAGGGGCGGAGUCUGCUCCUCAGGGGCGGAGACUGCUCCUCAGGGGCGGAGACUGCUCCUCAGGGGCGGAGACUGCUCCUCAGGGGCGGAGUCUGCUCCUCAGGGGCGGAGACUGCUCCUCAGGGGCGGAGUCUGCUCCUCAGGGGCGGAGACUGCUCCUCAGGGGCGGAGACUGCUCCUCAGGGGCGGAGACUGCUCCUCAGGGGCGGAGACUGCUCCUCAGGGGCGGAGACUGCUCCUCAGGGGCGGAGUCUGCUCCUCAGGGGCGGAGUCUGCUCCUCAGGGGCGGAGACUGCUCCUCAGGGGCGGAGUCUGCUCCUCAGGGGCGGAGACUGCUCCUCAGGGGCGGAGUCUGCUCCUCAGGGGCGGAGACUGCUCCUCAGGGGCCGAGACUGCUCCUCAGGGGCGGAGUCUGCUCCUCAGGGGCGGAGACUGCUCCUCAGGGGCGGAGACUGCUCCUCAGGGGCGGAGACUGCUCCUCAGGGGCCGAGACUGCUCCUCAGGGGCCGAGACUGCUCCUCAGGGGCCGAGACUGCUCCUCAGGGGCGGAGACUGCUCCUCAGGGGCGGAGUCUGCUCCUCAGGGGCGGAGACUGCUCCUCAGGGGCGGAGUCUGCUCCUCAGGGGCGGAGACUGCUCCUCAGGGGCCGAGACUGCUCCUCAGGGGCGGAGUCUGCUCCUCAGGGGCGGAGUCUGCUCCUCAGGGGCCGAGACUGCUCCUCAGGGGCCGAGACUGCUCCUCAGGGGCCGAGACUGCUACUCGGAAGGAUCAGCACGGCGAGUGGCGAUGGCAGACAUUACUGUUACCCGCACUUCACGUGCGCCGUGGACACGGAGAAUAUUCGCCGAGUUUUCAACGACUGCAGAGACAUCAUCCAGAGAAUGCACCUGCGGCAGUACGAGCUGUUGUGA